AUGUCGCGCGUAACCCUGAAGCCGAAGCUGGAGGCGGUGACGGUUUACAGUGACCGCGCGCAGCUGACCUUCUCUGCCCCAGUGGUGCUCGAGCCGUCGGCGAGCAUUACGGCGGUUGUGGAGAACAUCGAGCAAUGGGGAGAUGUUGACUGGGGCACGCUGCAGGUGCGCAUUAACGAGGCGACUGACCCGGGCGUGGCUGCUGCGGUGCUGCUGCAGAAUAUCAGCCCCGUGCGCGAGACGGUAAGCCAGGACGUGCGCGCGGACGUGCAGCGGCAGAAGGACGUGAUCAAGCGGAUGGAGGAGGAGCAAUGUGCAUUCGAGGAGGAAGUUGCCGUUCUGCAGGAGUCGUGCGAGCACCUUGACCGGAUAAAGAGCUUUGUAUGCUGUGCGGGGCGCGGCGACUGCGCUGUGCCGCCGGAGAACGCGGGGCACCUGCAGGCAUACCUGCAGGCCCCUGCGAGGUGGGGCGCGAUGGCGUCGUUCUUUGCGACGCGGCGUGCUACAGCGCAGCGCGGGAUUGCAGAGCUGCGGACAAAGUUGAGGGAGAUGGAGGAGCGGCUUGCGGAGGCACAUCAGCAGCUAAAGGAUCUCGGCGGCGACAGUGGCGUGCGAUGGUAUACGAAGAAUGCGCUGGAGGCGACGCUUGUGGUGGGCGCCGGUGUCGCUAGUGGGACGAAGAUGGUGGUGGAGCUGUCGUGCGUUGUGAGCGGCGCAGGGUGGUCACCGCUGUACGACCUGCGCGUGGACUACGCGGAGUCGAUGCUGGAGGUGCUGUACUCCGCGAAGGUGCGCCAGUGCACAUCGCUGGACUGGGAGAAGGUGCGGCUUCGGCUGAGCACUGCGACACCGCAUGCUGGCGGCUCGCCGCCGCCACUGUGGCCGCGCUGGACGAUCUCGAUGCGACCGCCGGUGUCCGUGAGGGGCGCGUUGCAUGGCGGGCAGCAGAUGCACAGGAGAAUGGCGCCAGCCGCCAUAACCUUUGGUGUGUCGAAUAGCAUGGAGUUCCUCACUGCCCCUGUCGCACCGAUGGUGAAGCAGGCGUGUGUGGAAAGCUGCGGCUCGUCGUUGGGUGCGACGGUGUACGCGAUCCCGGGGCUUUCGACGGUGCGUCACAACAACGUGGACGUGAAGGUGACAGUGACGCGCGAGAGGUUCCCUGCGCGGCUGCGGUUCGUGUGUGUACCGAAGGUCGACCCGCUAGUGCACCUGAGUGCGACUGCUGUGAAUGCGACGGACUACGAGUUCAUUGAUGGCCCGGCGAAGGUGUUCUACGGCAACACAUUUGUGAACCAGUCACAGCUGGCUCACGUGUCACCUGGCGAAGAGUUUGAGGUGUCGCUUGGCACGGACGAGACGGUGACGGUGAGCCGGACGCUUGUGCGUCGCGCAGAGUCGGAGAAGAUGGCCAUGUUCUCGAGCACCAAAUCGCAGCUGAGGUACCACUACGCGUACACCGUGGAGUGCGCCGCGCUGCCGAACAAUGCACCGGUGACGGUUGUGGUGAGGGACAACUACCCUGUUUCGGAUGACACAGAUGUCGAUGUGGUACUCGAACAACCGAAGGCCACGGAGAGGGGUGAGGACUUGCGCUCUGCUAAGGGGGCGACCGUGACGGUGGACGAGGACACCCACGAGGUGGCGUGGAGCUUCUUGAUGACGAGGCAUGAGAAGAGGACCUUUGAUAUGGUGUUCAUGGCGAAGUAUCCUGUGAAGACGCCGGUCUUUGGACUGGAGUGA